AUUUCUACCUCAUCGCCAGCCUUCGUUGCGCCCACAGCUACCACUCUAUCAGUCUAUCCCGUUGGUUCUACUCGGCGUCAGCACGGCACCUGCCUUCCAAGUUCAUCCGCCAUGGGCGACUCAUCCUCGGCUUCCUACAUCAGAAUGGUGCACCAUCUGAUAGAGAAGUGCAUUUGCUUCAACCUCAACAAGGAGGGGUGCAUGGAGGCCCUGGAGAAGCAUGCCAAGAUCAACCCGGUCGUCACUGCCACUGUGUGGAAAGAGCUGGAGAAGGAGAACAAGGAGUUCUUCGAGUCUUACAACAGGGACCGCGUGGAGCGGAACAUCGAGGCGGCGACGAUGGAGCGGAUCCAGAAGAUGCUCUCCGACGCGGCUGCCUCCAAGACCUCCGACGACGACGAGGGCUAGAAGGCUGCUGCUUAUGUCCAAGCUCAUGCGCAUGCAUCACCUUCCAGCUAAUUAAUUGUAUGAAUAUCAUGUCUUCCGUUAAUUGGAUCCAUUAUGUCUAGGAGGAUCGAAUUUAUUAAUUGCACCUAGCUCAUAACAGACCGGUAGCUUGAAACCAUGCAUGCAUGCAGUACGAUCGACUACAAGGACUGGCAAGCAAGCAUUUUAGUGUUUGUGUGGACGUGUACAUAUACAAAUCACUGCAUGUAUUCAAGAGGACCCUACGUACGGCCCCGGGUCUUCAGGUGCCAGCUCUAA